UUCCGAUUUCCAUUUUGCUUCUGCAAUAUUGCAGUGACGCAGUCUGAUCCCAGUGAUCUGGGAAGUUUUUUUGUUUUUGCUCACUUCAUCUGUUUCUGGCGUAUUCGGAAUAUUUCUUGUAGUAAUAAUACCUGCGACAAGCUGUUGUACAAAUUCAUAAUCUCUUUCAGUUUUCGCCAAAGGUUGCAUAAUAGUUUCCACUUGUGGGAUUGCAGCAACCGAGAGAAAAAUGGAAAGGCCCGUUUUAUCGUUUGCCGUGGUCUGCUCAAGCAAUCAGAACAGAAGUAUGGAAGCCCACAGUUUCAUGGCGAAAAGGGGUUUCAACGUAAGGUCUUUUGGUUCUGGAAAUUGUGUGAAGCUGCCGGGACCUGCUGCCGAUCGUCCGAAUGUCUACAGUUUCGAUGUGAGCUACGAUGAUAUGUACCGUGAUUUAUACAAUCAGGAUCAGCACCUGUACACCAGCAAUGGCCUACUCAACAUGUUAGAUCGUAAUCGUCGAAUAAAAAUUCGUCCGGAAAGAUUUCAGGAUAAUGUGGAGCCGUUUGAUGUGAUUAUUUGCUGUGAAGAACGUGUAUUCGACCAGGUCACGGAGCAUUUGGCCGAGCUAAGCUACGGAUUUCGUCCGGCGCAUGUUAUUAAUAUGGAUAUAUUGGAUAAUCACGAUGAAGCUACCGUAGCGGCAUUUAUUAUUUGCGAACUGUGCCAGAAAUUGCAGGAAGAGGCCGAACAUUUAGACGACAUUAUUGGGGAUGUUGUGGCUGAUUUUGACGAGAAAUACAAACAUCGGAAUAUGUACCACCACGUUUAUUACGUGUAAAAUAUCGGACGAGAAAUCAAGUUGUUUAUGUUUCUUGCAGAUUGCCGUAUCGGUGGUUUGCCAGAUUUUUUCCCAAUUGUAUUCAGCCAUUGCAUGAGCCAUUCACAAUUUCACAUCGAUAGAGCGUAUCUUUUACCGCGUGCUUUCUUUUGUAGUUUUUACUGAUGUACAUUGCAGAGAAUCUUGAGGUUGAUAUUUUGUAUUAUUUAUCUGAUCGUGUGGACACACUUUUGAAGAUAUUAGGUGUGCUGCUUUCACUAAAGUUAAAAUACGUCAA